AUGCUGCAAAACGAUCUCUCUCGAAUCGAGAAGGACGAACCAGGUAAAGCCGAUGACGAUGUUCUUCGGCGCCUGGAGGCCCUUGAACUUACAUACAGGGCAAGAGAGGCAGAGGACUUCCUCGAGAGGGUCGAGGAAGUCCAUGAAACCGUUAGGGGCCUUAUUGAUGGCUCCAUCGAUGCUGCCGAACUGGAGCGCCAAGAAGAAAGGGAGACAUUGCGUGAGCGAGCGAAGCAAAUGAAGAAGGAGGAGGAGGCUGCUCGCGCGCAAGAGGCGCUUUUGAUGGGUCGCGAAGGAAAGGGGGAAAGCAAAACGCGCCCGUACACUUUCUUUUGUCGAGCCUGCCUCGUGGAAUUUACGCUGCCAUCGAUGGCGCAGUGCAGUCGCUGUGGGGGGCCGGUGUUGACCAUGGAAGCCCGCGUGUCUCAGUUGACAGAGAAGGUGGAGCUUCUGAAGGAGGAGAAAGCGCGGCACAUGACACGGAAGGCUCGCUGGAAGCAGUGGCUCAACACGCGCAAGUUUGUGCGGAAGACGAAAGUGGUCCAUUACCAGACGUGGGAAAUGUGGGAGCCUUCGACAGAUGAGGAGGAGAAGGAAAACGCGGCUGCAAUCACACCGUCGGAUGACCCUGCAUUUCAAGCACUCGAAAAAGACUUCAUAUCCAACCAGAAGCUACGACAAGAUCGCAGACGUGCAGCGCUCCGCUGCAAAGAACGCGGAAAUUUGCUGCUAAGCAAAGGCGACCUUGUGGGUGCCCUGAACGCCUACGAAGAAGGCCUAGAACACAGGCGCGAUAUGAAAGAGCUGUGGACCAACAAGGCGCUGGUCCUUCUAAGACUCAAAAAAUAUGGAGAAGUCUGUCAGGCGGUUACCACCCUUCUCGAAUACUGCGACAUAUUUGAAGAUGGGUAUGAGAAAUCGGCACCAAUUUGCUUCAAAGCUCUCUGCAGACGUGCCCUUGCCCACCGCGCCUUGUACCACUGGGAGGAUGCACUCUCAGACUUGAGACAGGCAGUCCGACUUUGUCCUGCUGACCGGGAUGCUCAACGCCUUCUGAAGGAGACAGAGCUGCAAGUGAAGCAGUUCAACGACCUCUUCACCAUUCUCAAUGAAAAGGAACAAAAACGCGUCAAAAUCGACAACCCGACUGCCGGAUGUUUACAGCGCCUUGCUUUCCCUUCUUCUGCAUCUUCUACGUCAGCUUCGUCUGGCGCAUCGCCACUUUCAGACUGUACAUGCCACGCUGAAUCGCCGUCUUCAGAAACGGAAUGCACGGCUGCUACAGAGGAAGCGCAGUCGCCCUCGUUGGAGCAAACAGAGGAAGAAGGCAGAGGGGAAAAACCCGCGAAAGAAGAAACAGAAAGAGCACUUUCCUCUGCGAAGGACGAAGGAGCGAAGGAGGCUGAAGGGGAUCAACGAGAGCGGUUUACUGCCCUAAAAAGCAAGAAACGGGCUGUAGAAAAAGCAGCGAAAACUCGAGAGGAGAAUACACAAAAACUGCCUGAGAAGGACGGUAUUCAGAGAAGUGGAAGUGAAAUUGCCAAAAUACCUUUCAGCCCCGGUUCAGGUUACGUCUCGCCUCCCUUGUGGUCCUCAGUGACUCCGUCUUCCUCUCUCCAUCGCAUGCGACAGAACGAACCUGCCGGUUCUGGGGUGUUUCAGGAAUGCGAAGGAGAAACCGUUGCUUCCUCUCCCUCUGCUUCCCUUUUCUAUUCGUCUUCUGUUGCCCAGCUCUCUUCAGUUUCGAGCUCGUCCAGCCUUCCUGAUAACGCACCUUCAGGCCCUGUCGAAGACAGUCGGUCUUCUCUGUGUCGCCUGGACGAGAGGGUUGGUCAAGCUCUGAGAGAAAACCGCACUUUUUCCUCUGUCUCCGAUCACCUGGUCCUUGAGGCCUUACAGGCGCUGCAGAAAUUUCCUGCGGCUCGCUUGUGGUUCUGGUGUUAUCCACUCUGUCUUUCUCCUGCUGAGCACGCAGAGAAGGAGAGAAAGAAGCAAGACGCGCACCGGCAGGCCGGGGAGACAUCCGCUUCUUCUGAAUGUACAGGGGAGAGAGAUGAUACGAGAGAGGAAGGAAAGAAACCGUCGGGGACAGCAGGAGCCAGCAGCGAAAAACACAGACACCCGAGGGAGGAAAAGAAGGCACAAAAUGCAAAGAAAGAGACAUGUGGAGCGCCGAUUGAACAAAUGACGCCAAAGGAUCUGGCGACACAGGAUAUUUGCAUGGCGGCAAGUCGGAUGCGAAGGCUGAAGAGAGAAGAAGCGGAGCACAGUGAAGCUCCGCGAAACUGCGACAAUGACGACGAAGGCCACCGCAGAAGAUCGGAGAAGGCAUUUUCAAUCCGGAGACUGGAAACGCUUACCACUUGUUGUAAUGCCCUCCGGUGUCUCCACUGCGUCUGUAGCUUUGCUGCAGCGCCAGAGGAGUCCAGUUCGCCGACGUCUCAAGACGUUUGCGAGGACGAAUCUGCAGGGACGACUUCGACAGCUUGUGUCUCGAGUGCAUCGGAACCGGAUCUUUCCCUGUCGGAGACAUGCGACUCCUGCGCCGCUGCGUUGCUCGCGCUCCUUCCGGACAUCCUGGCUGCAGAGAAGUGUCUCCCGUCUUUCCGAAAAGUCACCGACAAAGAUGGAGACAGGGGGCUUUCAAAGAGCUACUCGGGGAAGACGCGAGGGACGGCAAGAUGCAGAGGGACCGAAGAGUUGCCGGCAGAGGAAGAGGAGACGAAGCUGAGAGAGAUGAAAGCGCUUCUUCUUGGUCUCCUUUAUUUCUUCUCUUUACAGGCGCCCUCUCGGAGAAAGCUUGUGGAGCACUUGCAGCGUCGCAAAGAGGUCCAUUCGUUUCUGCUCCAUCUUCUGUCUCUCAUGUGUCUAAGCCGCCAAGGGAAAGGUUCCUCUUUGGCUCUCUCCCCUCCACUCCCGCUGCCGCCUCUCCAGUGUGCUCUCCAGAAUCGCACAGACGCAGGAGCCUUGCUAUGCAAUUUGCUGCUCGAACGCUCCGUCCAGGUUGCCCUCUCUGGCCGACAGUCGACCGUCAGAGGGGAGACUACGCUGAAGACGAGAAAAGCGACGACGGGAGAGCGCACAGGCGAGAAGAAGAAAGACGACGAAAGGCAGGAAGGUGCUGGGAAAGAGAGCAGCGAGAACGAGAUUCUCCGGGCUCUGUGGCCAGUUGUUCAGUCUCGAGUUAACGCCCUGAAGCGGCGUUGCGAUUUAUUUGCGAAGCUGAACCAGGCAGUAGCCGGCGCACAGAUGGAUGACGACGAAAAAGAGGAGAAACAAGACGGCAAGGAAGGAAUGAGGGCGCUUUGGAAAGAACUCGCAUUGCUUCUGGAAGCAACCAAACAGGGUGACAGAUGCCAGCAGGGAGCGACACGCCUGUCCGUCGGACCCGCACUAGAGCGAAUUCUGGCCACGGCGAAAACCGGAACGGCGGAAGAGACUGCGAAAGAGAGAGAGGAAAGAGAGUCGAGCGUCGAGCUUUUCGACCUGUUUCAUGAACAAGAAGAAACCUUUCUGGGGAAAUUCCUCCGUCUUGACACCGAAGCAGAUACAGAACGAGAAGAUCCAACUGCCACAGCUGUGCAACAGUGUCUCUCCAUUUUGACAAAUCUCGCUCGAUGUGCCAGUCUCCGGCUGCUGAUUCUCAAAAAUCUACGCCACGCGCUUCUUCAACUCGCCACUCUGAUGAGCACAAAUUCCUGGGCGACUUGCCCCCGCCCGGGGUCUUCGCCUGCUGCCGUCUCGCGUUCUCUCCUUUCCAAACUGAGAGGAAUCGACACGCGCUGGCCCGGUCGUUUCUACGUAGGGCGACUUCCUACCGCGGCAUACCUUGGGUUGCUCGUGAACCUGACUGCUGCGUCCAGUGCCGAUGCGAGGACGAAGGAAGAAAGAGAACUGGCGACUCGCCAGAGCGAAUUGCUUCGCGACGAGCGUCUUGUCCGUUUUCUUGUUCCCUGUCUCUCUGUUGAACAAGAAGAGGGGAGCCGACGGAUAAAACGGAUACGCGAAGAAGCAAAACUGGUGUCCAGCAGAAGCUUCACCCUCGCACGUCGCGUCGUUGUCGCCAUCAGUUCCAGCGAGGGCAAUCAAACGGUAAACACGGACCGCCUAGACGCGCUUGCUCUCCCUCCUCGUUUGAGCACCUCUCCCGCCAAUGCUGCCUUCGUUUCUUCUCUUUCUCCCUCUCUUCCUUCUUCCGUAUCCGCUAGGGAAGUGACGCGGGCCUUGCUGCCUUCACUCAGCUUCGUGCUUCGCCGCUGGCGCGCGAAAGGCGUGGAAAAUGGUGAGAGCGGAGGAAACCGCGCCAGAAAGGACACCGGCGAAAUCGACGAGAGAACCAGUGCUGCAGUUCAGCUGCUGUGCACGCUGGCGCAGCGAACGCCGUUCCUUAUUACGGCGGCGCGAGACGAGGCUCUUCUGCGGAGGGAAGAAAAGGCAAAGGAAAACACGAAAGAGACGACAGACGGGGACGUAGGCACAUAUGAGAAGUACGCUGUGGAGGCGGACACAUGCAGAGGCGGCGAAGAGAGAGCAAAAAAACAGGGCGGAAGAAAAGAACAGAAUGGACGGAGCAGGACGGAAAAUGAGACGCAGCGAUAUGAGAAGAAAGAAGAGAAACAGGUAGAGAAAGCAGACAAACAGGCAGAUACGCGAGAGGAUGGGAAGAAGACAGGAGACGCGCAGAAACCACACGACAGUUUCCGAUUGACAGACCUUUUGCAGUGUGUGUGUGAUAUAUUAAAGACGGUAACACCUCACGGAUACGCCAAAAAAGCAGAAGAAAUGAAGACGCCAACAGCGCUCGUCCGAGGAAACCUUCUCCUUUUCCUCGGCAUGGCCGCCAAAGCGCAGCUGGCGGCGAUUUCUCGGAGUAUCCGAAAAGAAGGAGAGCAAAAGUACAAAAAUAAGGCAAGCUGCGAGAGAGUCGAGACAGCUGAGAAGGCAAGCAGCCUUGUCCGAAACGCAUGCCCAACUGAAGGCGACACAGAGGACGACAACGAAAGGAAAGAAAGGACGGAAGACGGCGAGGAGGAAGAGGGGUCUGAUAGAAUUUUAAAGGAAAUGGACUUAAGCGGAGGAAUUCUGUGUUGCAUAGAAGCACUGAGAAAAGACUUGGGCGGGUCACAGCGAAAUGCAGCCGUGACCCUAGCCACCCUGGCGCAGGUUGCAAAAUACAAACCAGCUAUCGUUGCUCUGAAGGGAAUGGAGAGCCUCAUGCAAAUUGGAGGACCGCUUCUACUAAAACAAAGCUGA